AGAGUGAGCCUGCGGGUACCUUAUUGGCCAGAGCAACUCUACUACUUCCUGUAAGCGGGGAGAAGCGAGUGUGGAGUGCGGUGGAUUCGAUUGCAUUCUGUAUUAGCUCAGAGAUGCUUUGGGGCGCGAGGUAGCGAAUACGAUCUGCCCAUAGCAAGAAAGAGCUCGUGGCAGCCUAGAUGUAAAGAGAAAACCAGAGGCUGCUUGAAGCAUCUUAUAAAACGGCUGAAUGAUCACUUUUCUCUAGGAUAAAUUUAAACUCCCAGCACCCCCCAAAAGCCAUAGUGAUCAGAAAAAAACGAGACAUAAGCGGCAGUCCCAUAAUUUUUAUCUUUCAAAUAACCAAGCAAGACACUGAAAAGACUACAUUAUGACUACAGAAACCUUUGUGAAAGAUGUAAAGCCUGGAUUGAAGAACCUGAGCGUUCUAUUUAUUGUCCUGGAAACAGGGAGAGUAACCAAGACUAAAGAUGGACAUGAAGUAAGAACAUGCAAAGUGGCUGACAAAACUGGUACUAUAAACAUCUCUGUGUGGGACGAAGUGGGGAACUUUAUCCAACCAGGAGACAUAAUCAGGCUCACUAAAGGAUAUGCUUCUUUAUUCAAGGGCUGCCUGACUCUGUACACUGGAAGGGGAGGUGACCUACAGAAGAUUGGAGAAUUCUGUAUGGUUUAUUCCGAAGUGCCCAAUUUUAGUGAACCCAACCCAGAAUAUACUGCCCAGCAGUCUCAGAACAAGCAGGCUCAGGCAGAGAGUGGCACUGGGACAAACAAUCACAAUUCAUCCAGUCCAGCUCCUCCAGCACCUGAUCUAGAAAAUGGCAAUGGAUCUAACAGCUCAGGGCCUUCGACCCACCAAUCCACAGCUCCGGCUCACUCAACCAGCGGACGGAUUACACGCAGCCAACCCAACCACUCACUCCCUGGAGCCCCAAACUCUGUUAGUAACGGCAAAGAGCCACGCCGCACAGGAAAAAGAUAGCAGCCACAAUCUGUUCCUUCUCCGAUUAAAGCACAUAUGUCAAGCGUGAAGGGGAAAUGAGAUAAUGUCACCUACUGACUCUUGUAACAAAAUAGUUCAGGUGUCUCUUUGCACUAGUAGAAAAGACAUUGGGUGAACGCAAGCCAAAUUCUGGGUGUGACGUGGAGUAUGUUGGCCAAUUCACUAAUGUUUCCUGAAUGGCCUUAUUGUAAACCGAUUUCUGAAACUUUUUAUUGUUAAAACUUUCAGAUUUUAAAUGAUUUUAUAACACUGUGCUUUUUCCACUCUUAAAGAGAGGUGGUUAUGAAGUUGGGCUUUAACAUUCACACUUGAGCUGUUUCUUAUGGCAAAAACAGAAUCAAUCAUGUUAUAUCCACAACCAGAUGUGUGUGUAACCCCUCUAAAAUGGUAUUGCCAGUUAGAUCUAUACACUAGGCUAGUUGCCAAUGUAGGGAUAAACGUUAAAAAGAAAUACAGGUUGCUUAAAUGAUGGGACAUUUUUUAAUUCACUUGCUUAGUUUACAAUGGCAGUUGUUCAAAUACAAAUACAAUAACCUUACCCAAAUACUAAAAGCCAAUACAAUAAACCCUUCCCAAUUAAUACAUCAUUGCUAGUAGACUGACACUUCUGCUGUUAUUCUAAAUGAUAUAAUAGAACCAUUAAAAUACAAAGCUGCCGUUAAAAGUGGUUUUUUAUUUGUCAACGUGAUGUUGUGUUAUUAGGCAAACUCUGACUCUUUCUUACAAUACUGAAUGAGGCCUUCCUAUUAGACGAUGACCAUAGAUAUAUGGACAAUUAUUUUAUUAAAGCGAUUCUGUCAUGAUA